AUGGACGCUGCCAAAUCCAAGGCAGCAUCGUAUGAUGUUGGAAUCGACGAGGUCCCAGGCGCGAGCAAAUCGGAGUCCGACAUCAAGGCCAUCUCAUCAGAGAAAAGCCCUUCUGUGGACUAUGAAGGCGCGUUCGUGGGCAAAAUAUACCCCACUGAAGAGGAAAUGCAUACGCUGCCUCGAGUGACUGGGAAGGUGCCAUGGGUGGCCUUCACAGUCGCCUUUGUGGAGCUGUGUGAGCGUUUCUCAUACUAUGGGACCACUGCCGUUUUUGUGAACUUCAUCCAAAGACCUCUACCCGCAAAUUCAAGCGCAGGUGCCGGUAAAGACGAAUUCGUUCCUGGAGCCUUGGGGAUGGGACAACGCGCAUCAACUGGAUUGACGUUAUUCAACCAAUUCUGGUGUUAUGUCACGCCGCUCAUCGGAGCGUACAUAGCAGAUGAGCAUCUGGGUCGACUGAAGACCAUCAUGUGGUCCAACGCAUUUGCACUCCUUGGGCACGUUAUCCUGAUCAUAUCUGCCAUUCCAAGUGUAAUCGCACACCCUGGAGGCUCAAUUGCAUGCUUUUCAAUUGGCUUGGUCAUCAUGGGCAUUGGGACUGGUGGUUUCAAGUCAAACAUCUCAGUCCUGAUUGCAGAGCAAUAUCAAGAAGACCGACCGUACAUAAAAACUCUGGAAAAUGGCAAACGAGUCAUCGUUGAUCCGGCCGAGACCGUGUCACGGAUCUACCUCUACUUCUAUCUAAUGAUCAACAUCGGGUCUCUCACCGGUCAAAUCAGCAUGGUUUAUGCAGAGCGAUAUAUUGGGUUCUGGCUGGCUUUCCUACUGCCGACUAUCAUGUACUGCUUCUGUCCCUUGGUCCUAUUCUUCUGCCGCAAGAGGUACAAGGUGGCCAAACCAACGGGAUCUGUAUAUUUGCAUGCGCUCCGGAUCUGGAAGAUGGCCCUGAGUGGCCGCUGGUCCAGACCCGCUAAACUGUUCAAGCAGAGUGAAUCGACUGAAGCUUGGGAGCGCAUCAAGCCCAGCAAGUUGGGUGAUAAUAAACCCAAAUGGAUGACUUUCGACGACCAAUGGGUCGAUGAAGUCCAUCGCGGCCUGUCUGCCUGCAAGGUUUUCCUGUGGUAUCCUCUAUUCUGGCUCGCCUACAACCAGAUGUUGAACAACCUGACCUCACAAGCAGCCACCAUGCACCUCGGCGGCGUCCCCAACGACAUCAUCAACAACCUAAACCCAUUUGCCCUCAUCAUCUCCAUCCCUAUCAUGGAUCGGCUCAUAUACCCUUGGCUCCGCAGGAUGGGAAUCCACUUCACGCCCAUCAAACGGAUCACCGCCGGCUUCUUCGUUGCCGGCUGCUCUAUGAUCUCCGCUACCGUAACGCAGCACUAUAUCUACAAGAAAGGACCGUGCGGCAAGGAAGCCAACUUGUGCGUGGAAGAGUAUGGAAAAUACAGCGACAUCUCCGUCUGGGUGCAGGCCGUGACCUAUGUGCUUGGUGGCAUUUCUGAGAUCUUCGCCUCUAUCACCUCGCUCGAAUACGCGUUCACCAAGGCGCCCAUUAACAUGCGCUCCCUCAUCCAGGCCGUGGCAUUGUUCAUGAACGCCUUCUCCUCUGCCAUCGGACAGGCGAUGGUCAGCUUGUCGGAGGAUCCGUUGCUGGUGUGGAAUUACGCGGUGACCGCUAUUCUGGCCUUUGUGGGCUGUAUCGGGUUCUGGCUUACCAACUACAAGCUCGAUCGGGAGGAGGAUAAGUUGAACAAUCUGCCGCAGAGCCAUUUCAGUCAGCAGCAGCAGGCUGCUGAGGAGGAGGGUGACGUCGCCGAGAAGAGGGUGUAG